AAGUGUUUGAUAUAAUCACAUGUGCAGUGGGCGGAGCGGCCGUGACGUCACGGUCCCGGGCAGCAGGCCCCUCCCCGCCCCGGUGACAUCAGCCGCAGCUCGGCCUCUCUCCUCCAGGAGGAGGAGCUGGAUCAGAUCGGCGGACGGAGCUCGACGGUCCCGCUGCUCCGCUGCUCCUUCACGGGACAGAAGAAGAGCUGUUCUCCGCAGGAAUCAUGGGAGACCGUUGACGUCUGACCGCUUCAGUUUAAGGAAAAACCCACCGGAGCCUGAGCGCACCGGCCGCCGCGCAGUGACGGGUCCCACAACAUGGCCGCCCAUCGAAUCAGAGCCACAGUCAACAACAACAACACUUCUCUGCCUCGCUGCAGGUCGGAAGGGACGCUGGUCGACCUCAGCGACAGCGUGUCGGAGGCCACGCUCACCGAUGUCAAAGUGCCUUCUCCCAGCACCUUACGACUGGACGCCACCGCCUCCUUCGGUGCCGCCAGGGAGGUCGUUGCCAUAAAGGACUACUGCCCGUCCAGCUUCACCACCCUGAAGUUCUCCAAGGGCGACCGCCUGUAUGUCCUGGACUCGUCAGGAGCGGAGUGGUGGUACGCCCACAACAACACGGAGAUGGGAUACAUUCCUGCAGCCUACGUGCAGCCUGUCGACUACAGAGACUCGUCGUUCAGUGACAGCGGGAUGAUCGACACUGUGGGAGACUGUAACGAGGAGGCAGCCAAAGAACUGGACCUGUUAGGAGAGUGGUCAGGCGUGAUCCUGAAACCGACCACCUUCCAGAACGGGAAUCCUUUUGCAGCAACGCAUACCUCUACGAACCCUUUCCUGAACGGAGGACCUCAGAGCUCACUGGACCUGAACAGCAAUGAGAGAUCAGUUGACCUCCUUCUGUUCGACUCGCUUGCUCCGUCAGUGCCCGACUCCGCCAGCAGCACUGUCGACAUAAAUGGUUUUGGUAGUGGUGUUUUUAGCCUGAACCCUCUCAGUCCCACUGUGUCCGUUGGGCAGUCGCUGCGCAGGGACAACCCGUUUUUCAGAAGCAAGCGUUCCUACAGUCUGUCGGAGCUGUCCAUUCUGCAGGCUCAGUCCGACGGCCCUCAGGCCUCCAAUGGCUUCUUCGGAGGCCUGAAAGCUCCGGUGCCGGAGCAGUUCCAGAGCCGGGAGGAUUUCAGGACGGCGUGGCUCAACCAUCGCAAGCUGGCCAGGUCCUGCCACGACUUGGAUUCUCUGGGUCAGAACCCAGGCUGGGGCCAAACGCAGCCGGUGGAAACCAACAUCGUCUGUCGGCUGGACAGCUCGGGAGGCGCCGUCCAGCUCCCAGACACCAACAUCAGCAUCCUCAUACCCGAGGGCCACGUGGGCCCAGGGGACACCCAGCAGAUCUCCCUCAAGGCUCUGCUUGACCCACCGCUGGAGCUGAACAGCGACCGCUGCACCACCGUCAGCCCCGUGGUGGAGAUCAAACUCAGCAACAUGGAGAGCAAAACCACCGUCACCCUGGAGAUGAAGGUGUCCGUCGUGGUGAAGAUAGAGAGCAGAGAGACGACGGAGGUCUUGUGCGUCAGGAGUGACUGUAAAGAGGGACCGUACACUCCCAUUCCUCAGGCCUACAUUUACGGGGACACGGUGCAGGUGUGUCUGGACAACCUGGAACCGUGCAUGUACGUGUGCGUCGUGGCUCAGUCUCAGUCCGUGUCCCCAGACUCCACAGUUUGGGAGCACGUGCUCAAAAAGAUCACCUUAGGCGUGUAUGGUCCCAAACACAUUCACCCGUCCUUUAAGACGGUCGUCGCCAUGUUUGGUCACGACUGUGCCCCAAAGACACUCCUGGUGAGCGAAGUCGGCAAGCAGGCACAGGCUGCACCACCGGUGGCGCUGCAGCUCUGGGGCAAACACCAGUUUGUCUUGUCCAGACCGCAGGACCUCCGGCUCGGCAUUUACUCCAACAUGGCCAACUACGAGGUCAAGGCCGGUGAGAAGGCCAGAGUGGUCCGGGGCUUCCAGGUGAAACUGGGCAAAGUCAGCAGGCUCGUCUAUGUUAUCGCUUCACGCACCAGUGACGAUGUUUCUGACUUCACCUUAAGAAUCCAGGUCAAAGACGACCACGAUUGUAUCCUGGCUCAGUUUUGUGUCCAGACGCCGACCCCGCCGCCCAAAGCAGGUCCGAAGACAUCAGUGCAGCGGCGCUUCCUGAAGAAGAAGGAAGUCGGCAAGAUUGUCCUGUCUCCUCUCGCUGUCGCCACCAAGUAUCCUGUUUUCCAGGACAGGAGGAUAAACAACCUUAAGUUUGGAAAAUUAAUCAAAACUGUGAUCCGACAGACAAAGAAUCAGUACCUGCUUGAGUACCGGAAAGGAGACUUUGUGGCUCUGCUGAGCGAAGAGAAGAUCAGGCUGAAGGGCCAGUUGUGGACGAAGGAGUGGUACAUUGGAUACUAUCUGGGCAGGAUGGGACUCGUCCACGCGAAGAACGUGCUGGUGGUCGGGAAGUUGAAGCCCAUCUACUUCAGCGGGCCCGACCUCACCACCUCCUUGUUCCUGGAGCAGAUACUGAAGCCCUGCAAGUUCCUCACGUACAUCUACGCCUCGGUCAGAACUAUACUGAUGGAGAACAUCGGCAACUGGCGAGCGUUCGCCGACGCCCUGGGAUACGUCAACCUGCCGCUGACGCACUUCUGCCGCGCGGAGCUGGACAGCGAACCUGAGCGUGUGGCGUCGGUGCUGGAGCGGCUGAAGGAGGACUGCAACAACACCGAGUGCAAAGAGAGGAAGUCGUUCCAGAAGGAACUCCUGACGGCUCUGUUGAAGAUGGACUGUCAGGGUCUCGUGGCCCGCCUGGUCAUGGACUUCGUCCUCCUGACCACGGCCGUGGAGUUGGCCGGCCGCUGGAGGGAGCUGGCCGAGAAGCUCGCCAAGGUUUCCCGCCAGCAGAUGGACGCGUACGAGGCGCCGCACCGCGACAAGCACGGCGUGGUGGACAGCGAGGCCAUGUGGAAGCCGGCGUACGACUUCCUGGUCACGUGGGCGGCUCAGAUCGGCGACAGCUACCGGGACGUGAUCCAGGAGCUGCACAUGGGCCUGGACAAGAUGAAGAACCCCAUCACCAAACGCUGGAAGCACCUGACGGGAACGCUCAUCCUGGUCAACUGCCUGGACGCCCUGCGGAGCUCCGCCUUCAGUCCCGCCCCUCAGGACGACUGCGCCAUCUGAACUCUCGCCGCCGCUGCGUCAUCGCGUCGCUCCGGAGCAAAGUUACACCGUGUGAAACGCCGGCGCUGCCUCCGGCUCCUCGUCACUGGACCGUUCCCACGUCUCUGCUCGCAGUAUUCACUCAGACUCUUUUAAUACUUCCUGUCCUGCAUAGCUCUGUAUUUUUGUACUCGUAUUACAGCACAGCCUUUUUUUAAAGCAACACCUUGAACCGGUGGAUCGAACGCCAACAGACACUUUUUCAUAACAGACACUUUUAGAUAUCGAGUCCUCGUCACGUGUCAAAUCUCUUCUAUUUAUUUAUACGUGGUCUUCAGGUUCUGACUGUGGUUCGUCUGAUCCUUCAGCUGUCGUCUGUCGUCCAGGGCUGAAAUAAUGAAUCAGAUCAUCGAGAAAUUAAUCGACAGCAGAUUUCCAUAGUAUGAACUGAUUAAUAAUGUCUGGUUCCAACUUCACUUGUUUCUUUAGUUUCAUAGUGUCAGAAAAAGAAUCUUUGGGUUUUGAAUAUUUUGACAUAAACAAGAAUCUGAAAAUAUUA